GGGAAGUGGGAAGCAAAUUACCUGCCGAAUAUACAUUCCAAAUUGAACUGACUUGAAUUCAGAGGUGGAUUUAUAAGGUAACAACUAAGAUGUCGGAAAGGAAAGAUUUUCACGAGUCAGAUACAGAAGCAGAUACGGAGCUCAGCGAUGAGCAGAAGGUGGAGAUGACCAAAUGGUUCCUUCUUAACUCCCCAGCCGGCGAAAUCCAAUUCGUCGCCAAAGAUAUUCGAGCAGUGUUGAACGAUGAUAAUGUGUAUACAUUGGCGGCUGAAGAGGCUUUUCCUCUGUACAACAAGUCGCACAUGAUUUGCCUCCAAUUGCCCGACCGCAGUGGAGAUGUGCUGAUUACAUCAUUUGGAGAGAUUAAUAAAAAUGAGUAUCUUGAUCCUAGGACUGCCCAGGUUGCAAUAGUUGAUCAUCUCAAGCAAGUGUGUAAAGAGGUUAGACCAGCACGUGAUGAAGAACUUCCAUCGGCAUUUGUGGAAGAUUACAGAUGUGCCUUAGACGCAGAAGUAAUGAAGUAUGUCGGUGAAGCGUAUCCAAAAGGGGUCUUUGCAGUGUACUGUACAAAAGGUAAGGAUGUGGAGGAUCAAGGAUAUAAUUUUGAGCUUGUUGUGGUGAUUUCAGCUGCUAGACACAGCCCUCAAAAUUUUUGCAAUGGUAGCUGGCGAUCGAUAUGGAAUGUUGAGUUUAAAGAUGAUCUGCAAAUGGUGGAAAUGAAAGGGAGAAUGCAGGUAGGAGCACACUACUUUGAAGAGGGAAAUGUCCAGUUUGAUGCAAACCAUGAAUGUAGGGAUACAACAGUAAUUCAGUCCGCAGAUGACACUGCAUUGUCAUUGGUCCACAUUAUUCGACAGCAUGAAACUGAGUAUCUGACUUCUCUUCAGAAAUCCUAUCUAAAGCUGUCUGAUACUACUUUCAAGGACCUCAGAAGGAAACUUCCAGUGACUCGAACAUUAUUCCCGUGGCAUAACACUAUGCAAUUCAGCCUGGUCAGAGAUCUUUCCAAAGAACUUGGACCUGGAAAGUAGAGGUUCUACUGAUGUUUACGUAAAUAUGAUUACGUAAAUAUGAUUGGAACUCAACUAAGUUUUUCCCGUAAAAUAGCACAAGUUUCUUACCUCAGAUUUCCAUCUCAUCCUCCCACCUCCACCCCCACCGUUGACUUAACGAAUAUAUUGAUGAAAAUUAUAAAUCAUUUAAAAGAGUACUACCCAUAGUUCAUCUUGAUGGAUAUUAAAAAGAAUCAUUUUGUUAAUUUUACUAAGUAGUUACCUUGUAUAGUUAUAUCCUUUCUAAAGCAUUGAUUCUGUAGUUAUCUUUUUUAUCUUUUAU